AUGGAAUCAACAAAUUUCCAAAGCCUUUCAUCAGAUGACGAAGAAGUAAAAAUCAAUUAGGCAUCUGUUCGCACAGUAGAAAUUAGAAGAGAGCUUGAAAACCUCAAAGAACUAAUGGACAAGGCUAAAAGGCGCCAUCCUACCAAAGCUUUGCAAAGUUUCAGCAGCCAGAAUUUGCCAAAUCAAUCUCAGGCAAAGCAUUUAUCCUCUAGUGAAAAUAUUCAUGAAAUUUUAUUGCAAUAUUCCAAAGGACCUCAAAUUUAUUCUCUCCUUGCAAACUUAUGCACAAGUUAUUCUCCUUCCUAUUAAUAAGCUCUAAUAGCCAAGCUUUAUUUAUUAAUUGCCUUAUUUAUAUUAAACGGGAUACAAAAUUCCACUGAAUAUUCCUGAAACUUUAUUAUUUAUUUCUUCUAUCCAAUAUCCAAUAUUUUUAUAUACAAAUAAAGGCUAUGUUUAUUCUGAAAUCUCAGACAACUCAAUUGACAGCUUUUUCGAUAAAGUUGAAAAUAUUUCGCAUAAUUAUCAUGGCAAUCAGAACUACCCAAUUUUUAUACACAUAGCAAUGAAUGAUAGAGUCCGCCUAUGCUUUUCUAAGUCAGAAGCUAGAGAAUUAUUUAUGAAUUGCCCUCAUUAUACUCACAGACUGCAAAGAUUCAUCCCACCUUCAACAAAUUUUGCGUCAAAAAUUCGAGUUCAUUGAACUUCUGGAAACAAAACAUCAAAAAUGUUUUUUAUGUCAAAUACGACGCAAAUAGUUUUAAAACAGUAUAAAUCAAAAAUCCCACCUCCUCCAGUAGGCAAGAUCAGGAAACCUCUUAUCAUAAGUCACACUUAUAGUGAAAAACUUUUAGAAACUUCAGUUUCUUUAUCUAUGCCAUUUAAAGCAAUCAGAAGAAAUAUAUCAAAAACAAGGCAGUCAUCACCACACAGCAUGAUUUUUAAAGAUUCGGAUAACAGCCCUGAUGAAACAAAUACCUCAUUUUUCCCCAAGGUUAGGAAAAGUCAUAAGCGAGUUUUUAGUGUGGGAGAUUUUAGCACAAAUAAUAUUAUUGACCAAAAUCCUCAAGAAAUUGACUCCAGUAAAUUUAUAGUAAAAUCUGAUAAUUACAGCCAAGUUAAUGUAGUUAUUAGUUCACAGCCUAUUCCAGAAAUAAACCAUGAGCUCAAAACGAUCACAAGUUUAAUAAACACUUUUAUUCUAAAAAAACAAAAUUACUUAGACGAACUUUUAAUUGAUUUCAUUAAAGACUCCAAAGAAAAGUUCGUGUUUUUAUCUUGUAAACGCUAUAAGGUCAAAGGAGAGCAGCCCCGUGAGAUUUUUUCUACCAAAAAAGAUUCUUCGAAAUCCAAUUUUAAGGUAGCUUUUCCAGAUAUUGUGAUAAACAAUAUUUCUGAGCAAACAACCCCUGGGAGAGAUAGAGAAAUGGAAGAAAAAUUACAGAAAGCGAGGAUGACUGCGCAUAAAGAAGCAAUUAGCAUUGACCAAACACAGUCGAUGAUAGAACAAAAAAGCUCAGAAAUGGAAAUAAAAAGAGACGUGAAUUUAAGUUUGGAGGAAAUUUCAGAAUUAAAUAAAGAUAAUUAUUUAGUGCAAAGAAAGUCUGAUAAGCUUGGGAGAAUUCCUUAUAACAUUAUAGGAAUUAUGCCACACAACAAGACAAAUCAGCUGAUUUCUUUUAUAGAAAAACAAAAAGAGCCGGCAUUAAAACCGCUCAGGCACAAAGAAAGAUCAAAAAAUUUAUUCUGAAUUGGAAGUGACCAAAUAUCUCCUAUAAAGUAUACAGAAAUAAUGUCAAAAUCUAUCGAUAAAAUCGCUAAACAUUUUGACAAGAGAAAAAAGCAAGCUGAAGAAGGUAAAAAAGGUACAAAUAAAAAUGAAAAUAUAAUUUAA